CGUCGGUCACACGCGAUACAAUCAUAUCAUUCUCGUCAUCGCACUAUUGCGAUCUACGGUCCGCGCACUAAUGUUACGUACAGUUUACGAUUAAUACAUUUUGCUUUUAACACGUAAAAAAAGGACUAAAUAUGAUAACAAUGCUUACAAACUCUAAAAUAUUGUGGGGACUAUGGCAAGUGGUGAUCUACUGUGCAUCGCGUACUUCUUUACCGUUGCUGUUGGCAGCCGGCAUCACGUUUCUAGCGGCAAAGCUGGCGGCGUUGCUGCAUGACAUGCGAAAACUACCACCGGGCCCUUGGGGGCCUCCAGUGGUCGGCUACCUGCCUUUUCUUGGUGUCCGACACAAGACUUUCCUGGAACUUGCUCGCAGUUAUGGAGCACUAUUUUCUGCACGACUCGGAAAUCAACUAACAGUGGUUCUUAGUGACUACAAACUUAUCAGAGAAGCUUUUCGUCGCGAAGAAUUUACUGGCCGCCCCAGCACCCCAUUGAUGCAUACUUUGGAUGGUCUCGGCAUCAUCAACAGCGAGGGUCGCCUUUGGAAGAAUCAACGUCGCUUUUUACAUGAAAAACUCCGCGAGUUUGGAAUGACUUAUAUGGGAAACGGCAAGAAGAUUAUGGAAGGAAGAAUCAAGAAUGAAGUAUACGAACUUAUCAAUAAUCUGCAUCGAUCAGAAGGGUCACCUGUCGAUGCAAACCCUCUGCUCGCCUUAGUUGUAUCCAAUGUUAUCUGUGGUAUCACUAUGUCGGUGAGAUUCAGUCACGGAGAUGCUCGAUUUACGAGGCUCAAUUUUCUUAUCGAAGAAGGAAUGAGGCUUUUUGGAGAAGUGCACUACGGAGAAUAUAUUCCUCUUUACAACUAUCUUCCUGGAAAAGCUCAAGCAAAGGAGAAAGUUGCUAAAAAUCGGGCGGAAAUGUUCGAAUUUUAUCAAACCUUAAUUGAUGAACACAGAGCAACAUUGGAUUUAAACAAUGCUAGAGAUCUUAUCGACGUUUACCUUAUUGAGAUUGAAAAAGCUAAAAUCGAAGGAAGGGAAGGCGAAUUAUUUGAAGGCAGAGAUCAUGAACUGCAAAUCAAGCAAAUUUUGGGAGAUCUAUUUUCUGCUGGUAUGGAAACAAUUAAAUCUUCACUACUUUGGAUGAUUGUAUUCAUGUUACGCAAUCCUCAUGUAAAAAAACGUGUACAAGAGGAACUGGACACUGUUAUCGGACGUGAACGUCUUCCUACUAUAGAAGAUAUGACCCAUUUGCCGUACACCGAAACCACAAUUUUAGAGACCCUCCGCAUGUCUAGCAUCGUACCGUUAGCAACAACUCACUCGCCAACUAAAGAUGUCAAUCUAAAUGGCUACAAAAUUCCAGCUGGCUCGCAAGUAGUACCACUAAUUAACUGCGUACACAUGGAUCCUAAUCUUUGGCACGAACCUAAGCAAUUUAACCCUAGUCGAUUUAUUGACGAAAAUGGAAAGAUCAAGCGUCCAGAGUUCUUCAUGCCAUUCGGAGUUGGACGACGUAUGUGUCUGGGUGAUGUACUAGCGCGCAUGGAGAUGUUUAUGUUCUUUGCUUGUAUAAUGCAUCAGUUCGAUGUGCAGCUAGAAGAUGGUGAUAGACUACCAUCUUUAGAAGGCACUGUUGGAGCGACAAUAGCACCAAAAGCUUUCCGAGUGAAGUUCAUAUCGCGCGCUCCACCUAUUGCACCGCCGGCUGCGCCCGCACCUGACCACCCACAUUUGCGUCACGUUGGUGCGCACUAGGUGCCACUUACUAUUUUGUUUUUCUUCUUUUUACAUACCCACCAGUAUUUUAUGAUCACUCGUUUUAGAGCGAAUCGACACCAUUUAUUUAAGUAUAAUAUUAUUAUAAGUGACGACAUCGUUUCUACGAUGGUCGAGGCUGUGCAUAAAGUGUUCAACAAUAGUAAACUGAACGAAUGUUAAGUUCAGUUCACUUUAGAUGUAAUGAAUAUUCCCAUCGUUGAUAUUAAUAUUGUUUUCGUGCGUUGAAAUGUAGAUUGCUUUGAUCGUAGCCUAAGCGAUACAAAUCACGCGAUAAUAUUGUUUAAGAAUAUUAAUUACGCUGUUUAAGCUCUAGUACCUAUACCAAAAUAAAUGUAUAUUCUAGGUCAUUAUUUAUUAAUAGCUAUCAUUGGAAGAAUGUAUGUUGAGUGUGAUCUCAUGUUUGUUGAGUUGCAAUUUGCAAUUCCAUUUAUAAUAUCAUCUUGUAUACACCAAUCAUGACAUGAAUAACAUUCCGUAGUGUAGCCACUGGAAACUAGUCUUAUUAAUUUGAUUUGAAACUAAUCUGAUUAAAUAAUUUAUAAUACAUGUAUAGACAUCUGAAUUGUUUAAAUUGUUAGCAACCAAGUUGCAGUGAAGUUCAAAUAUAUUGAAAGUCUGUUCUAUUUAAACUCACCGUUAUUAAAUACCAAUACCUAUUUACCAUGCUUUGUAUAUAGUGCCCUGUAUUUUAAAUCUAAGUACCUACUUGAAAAUAAAAAAUAAUGAAAUUAUUUUAAAUGAA